ACAAGUAACGCGUUACUUGCCAACCUUGCUUCUCCUAUAAUCCUAUUGGACAUUGGACGUCGUACGUCGGAUGUUGUAUGCUACAUGAAAUGUGAAUCCUACAUAAGGAACAGCCAAAAGUGAAAAUACGUGCACGAACAGGUGCCAUUAAUUCAAGAACGCAAGAAGACGUGCACGUGCACUUGAAGGAGAAGACAAAAGGUUACAAACGUAGAGAGUGUCUGAAAGGAAUCGAAAAAAAAUAGGACACGCAUCGAGAUCUGAGGCUUCGAAAUCUUGAAAAAAAAAAAAAAAAAGGAGUCGGAUCUGAUUGUCAAAUCAAAUCGAUAGGUCGUCGUCGAGUAUGACUUUGUUGCGACGAAUCAAACCAGCAUACAGACUCUUUGACGAAGGUGUUAUCUUUCUGCGUCGAAGUAACGCUGUUCCAUCUUUCAGAACAUUCAACUCUUCGACGGUACUCGCGAGACAACAACAACAACAAAAAUCAGAGAACAAUAACGAAGUGAAGGACAAUAACGACAGCCGGUUUGGCGGUGACAAGAGAUCGUCUAUCGACGAGGCAACGAUCAGGAGGCUCGAGAGGUUGGCGUUGGUCGGCUUCGAAUUCAAGCAAAGCAAGCGAGUGCUGGAGGAAGCAAUAGCUUUUGCCGAGCGGCUGCGGACGGUCCACAUUGACGAGACGGUACGUCCGAUGUACAGCACCCUGGAGAACGAUUGCAUUCAUCUGCGGGACGACGUGGUGCGACACGACGUCGAUCGGCGCGAGAUACUGAGGAACGCCGCGGUGCUGGAAGGAGAAUACUUUGUCGCACCGCUGACGACGAGCAAGAAGAAAGAAAGUGAGUCUAAACAAUGAGUCUGGAGGC